AUGCAUUCAGAUCCUGAGAAGGCGGUGUCCCCAAGCAGCUCGGGCGGAGGGACGUCCACGUCGUCUUUCGAUGGCGACUCUGUUCAGUUCGAGGCCAUUAGGACCCAUACCAACCAUAGCCGCCGGUCAACCGACACCCAGCGUCUCGACAAUGAAGACUUGUACGAGACUCUGGGCCGCGCCUUGACGCCCGACGUUGAGACCGAGGCGGAGCGCCAAGCACGGGAGCCCAUCACCUACACAAAGACCGGCACCAGCGUCGUCAGCACCGGCAGCGCCGCUUCUCGACCCCCCGAGUUCGAGGUCAUCUUCGAAGAAAAAGACCCCGAGAAUCCAAAGUACUGGCCGCUGUGGUAUCGGUGUUGGACCAUUUUCGUGGUAUCGUUUGCGACAUGGGUUGCGACCCUGUACAGUACGAGUUACACCUCUUCCACGCCUGGCUUGAUCGCCGACUUCGGGACCAACACGACCAUUGUGACCCUGGGUAUGACGACGUAUCUGCUAGGUCUGGCGGCGGGCAGUUUAGUAGUUGCGCCGUUGAGUGAGCUCUAUGGCCGCCAGCCCGUGUACUUGAUCUGCUUGGGCAUAUGGGCGAUACUCAUCAUCCCCUGCGGCGUCGCGCAGUCUUUGACCACCAUCAUUGUAACGCGUUUUUUCGGCGCGUUCUUCGGUGCAGUCAUGAUCUCCAAUGCGCCCGGCAGUGUCGUCGACGUCUCCAACCCAGACUAUCUCGCGCGGAGCAUGUCGCUCUUCGGCGUAGCGCCCCUCAAUGGUCCGGUGACUGGCCCCAUUAUCGGCGGCUUUGUUUUCCAGUACUUGGGGUGGAGGUGGGCCAACUGGAUUGUCCUCAUCAUGGCCGGUCUGACCAUCGCGCUCAUGUUGACGCUCAAGGAGACGUACGCACCGGCCAUCUUGAAGCGUAAAGCGGCAAGGAUGCGCAAAGAGAUGGACGACCCCAGAUAUUGGUGCCAGUAUGACCAGCGAGUUUCGACGAUGCACUUGCUCAAGGUCAACCUGAGCCGGCCAUUUGUUCUGUUCGCGACCGAACCGAUCCUGUGGUGCAUGAAUGCCUGGAUCUCCAUUGUGUAUGGCAUUCUGUACCUCUGUUUCGUGGCAUACCCCAUCGUCUUUUCCGAACAUCGUGGCUGGGGACCGGGGACGUCUGGGCUCGCCUUCAUCGGAAUCGGCAUCGGUACCUUGACAGCCAUCGCGUCGGAGCCCCUCCUGCGACGCCUCAUCAACUCGCAGCCGCGCGACCCGGAGACGGGCAAGGUGCAGCCCGAGGCGCAGGCGCUCGUCAUGGCCAUGGGUGCGGUGUCGGCGAGCGUCGGGCAACUCGGCUUCUCGUGGACUUGCCUACCCACCAGCAUCCACUGGUCGGGUCCCAUCGCAUUCGGCAUCCCCUUCGGCUUCGGCAACACGCUCAGCUUCAUAUACGGAUCCAACUAUCUCGCCGGGGCGUACGGAAUAUACGCCGCCAGCGCUCUCGCCGGCAAUGCCGUCAUCCGGAGCAUCUUUGGCGGCACGCUGCCACUAGCAGGUCCGCUGAUGUACAAGAAUCUGACGCCACAGUGGGCGGGAACGCUCCUGGGCCUUCUCGAAGUCAUCACCAUUCCUAUCCCCUUCAUGUUCUGGAAGUAUGGAGGGAGGAUUCGAGCAAGAAGCAGGGUUAUUCGUCAACUGCGCGAAGAUCAGGAGAGAAUGGAGGACAAGAGGGCCCGAGGCCUGGCCAAGCUAGAGAAAAGACGCGCAAGGUUGGCCGCGCUGCACUCGCAAGCAGAAGAGGGAGAUGAUCAGGGCAGAGAGGAACAGGCAGCGGGGCUCGAGUACAGACCAGAGAAGGAAAAAGAAGCAGAGACGUCGGUCACCGCGACAGGACAUGGGUCAGCAAAGUAG